UUCGAUUAAUUAAUCGUCAUAAGUUACGAACACGCCUUGAUUGCGUUGCUAGGAUACCGACGUAUUAUCAAUUUUUCACAAAGUUUUGAUCAAAUACCCCGACGAAUCAUGAACAUGGAGACGUAUUUGAUAAAAUAGUUGCCGAGUAGGGAAGGUCUGACUACGCCACGGAGCGCUCGGGCUCCUAUCGGCAGGCGACCUCCGAGCACGCUUCCUCAUCGGCUGAAGAAGGAGAAGUCUUUGGACAGUCCCCCGGAGAUGGACUCUCCGGGAGGAAGUGUCAGCAGUGACUUGCGACGGCAGAACGAGGAGCUGCGCGCUCGUCUUGCCGGCGAGGCUGCUGAUCAUAAGCGUAGACUUGAGGCCUAUCGUCGAGCGCAGCAAGGUCAAGCUGCGUUAGUGUCUAGGCUUCAGUCCAAGGUGCUGCAAUACAAGCAGCGAUGUUCGGAGCUGGAGAACCAGAUGUUGGAGACGACUCCGCGCAGCGAGCCGUCGUCCACCUUCCGCGCUCCAGCAGUGAAGAGCCACUCCGUGUCACUGCCGCCGCCGCCCUCCGCCACCACGUGCGCCUCGGCCGCUGUGGCUGCUGCAGACGCCAGGAUCACCGACCUGGAGACCGCGUUGAGGCGUUUGGAUGAAGAAAAGCGCAAGUGUGAGAAACUGGUGCAGCAGAACAACUUGCUGCGUGACCAGCUGGAGGAGUCUCACCAUCUGAAUGAGGCUCUAACUAAUGACCUUCAGAAGUUGACCAACGACUGGGAGGCCCUAAGGGAUGAGAUGGCCAUCAAGGAGGAUGAGUGGAAGGAUGAGGAACAGGCAUUCAACGAUUACUACUCCAACGAACAUCAUCGCCUGCUCAGCCUGUGGCGUGAGGUCGUUUCUGUGAAGCGUCACUUCGCUGAGCUGCAGACCAACACUGAGCGUGACCUGUACCGUGUGAGGAACGAGUUCGAUUCCAAUGCUAGGGAACUUGUUGGUAUGCUCAGUGGAUAUUCCAUCAAUGCGUUUGCUGCUCAAAGUAUGAAGCCUGACUUCCAGUCAUCUCAGCAGAACAUCUACCAGAGCCAACAACCAGGUGGUUACCAAGGUUCUCACCAGGCUGGGUACCAGGGGUCUCACCAAGCUGGUCAUGCGCCGGGUAUGCAAGGGACUCAAGGCCACGCGACCAGUGGAGCGGGUCCGUAUACUGUGGAGGGUAUGCGCGUGGACUUGCGCGACAUGACUGCGCAACGUGACACUGCGCUAGCUGAGUUGCGCGAACGUGAUGCCAGGAUACAACGCUUGUUGGGAGAACUGCAGGGCUUGGAGGAGCGCUGUGAGAGCGCGGAGGCGUCGUGCGAGGCGGCGGGCGUGAUGCGCGCGGCGCUGGAGGACGUGGCGCGCGCGCUCAUACACGACUCCGACGCGGACACGGCGCCCGCGCACGCCGCGCAUCUACAUCUACACGAUAGAUCACCAAAACGCAUUACUUCAUCCGCCAAUGCGACUGCUUUUGCUGAAAGCACAAUAUCUGCCGUACAAGCCGCGCUACACAAGUACCAGAUACAAAUACAUGAGUUACAAGUAAAACUGCAGAACACCCGCGAACAACUGACAACUUGUAGGAAGCACGGCGAGGCGGCCGACCUCAAUGUCGUCUCUCUAGAGAGCAAGGUCCAGGAUCUACAAGGUAAACUAGAUCAAGCCAACGCCGACCUUCAUCAACUCUUGCAAGAGAAAGAGUCCAUGCAGAAGACGGUGGAGGCGCUCCGGAUCGAUAAGAAUAACCUCGAGAGGAACCGAGUCGAGAUCAAUGCUAUGGUGGAAUCUCUAACAUCAGACUAUGAGAAACUUCAAAAGAUCAACUCUCGUCUAGAGAAAGCUAUUGAGGCACUGGAGGGUGAGAAGAGGAACUUGAAUGAUGAGGUGGACCAUCUACACCGCGAGGCGUCUAGCAGAGAGGCAGUGUUGAGGGCCGAAGAAGAACGCGCUUCGCGCCUACGCUCGGAACUGGUAACCACAAGAGAGGAGCUCAACAAGACAGCGCUGUCGCGGGACUUGCUCGACCAACAGAAGAUAGAAGCCGACGCCAUACUCUCGCAGAUGGAGAAACAUAGGAGUGACCUAGAGAUAGAACUGGAAAGGACUCUUAUGGAGAGAAGUGAUCUGCAAGACCUCGUGGAGAAACUGGAAGCGGCUGUGAGGAACCUUGAGAGCGACAAGAAGAAGUUGCAUGAAGAUGUCAAACAUUUGGAAGAUGAGAAGUCGAACCUAUCAAGCCAGUCAUCAGAACAGCAAGGAGAUCUUAACUCCUUGCGCAAAGAGUUACUGGCUGCUGAACAAACUAGAAUGGAGCUUGAGGCUGACAAGGCUUCGCUUUGUGAGAAGAUCAAGUUCCUCGAAGGAGAGAGAGAUAAAGUGGAAUUGGAGUUACGACAGGUUAUGAGGGAGCGCGGCGAGCUAAGCUCCCAACUAACAGCAAUGGUCCGCAAGAAGGACACUUUGAACGAGGAGAUUAUACGUCUGCAACAACGACUGGAGCAGGCCAAUGAGACUAUCGGCAGAAUUAACAGGGCUCUGGAAGACCACGUCAAAGAUGGAGAGGAUAAACAGAUCCUCAUAGACUCCCUGGAGAAGGACAAGCAGCACCUGCAAGAGCAGUUGGCGGGAGUACGGUCGGAGAAGGACGCGCUGGAGGCCGUGCUGUUCGAUACUGCCAACUUGUUGGAGGACACCGACAACAAGAGGAACAAACUCGAGCAUGAACUGCAGGAGACGCUGGUGCAGCAGGAGAAUUACAAGGGUCAAAUCACCCGCCUUACGAAGGACCUAGAGAACAGUGAGCGCAAACUCCGCGACACUCGCAACUCUAUGUCGCAGGCGUCGGGGAAGAAGGAGGCCGAGUACCAACAGAUCAUCACCAACAUCAACCGAACUACUACUGAAAACAUCACCAAGCUAAAGGAGGAGAAGGAACAACUCCGCCAAACACUAGAACACAAGCUAAGCCAGACUAUAGCAGCGUUAACAAGUGAUAAAGAGUCAUGCGAGGCUAGCGCGCGGGAGAGGGAGAAGAAGCUACUGAUAGCGAGAGACCAACUUAUACUGCAACACGAUGAGGCCAUGCUGAGAGCUGAGAAUGAUAAGCAACAGGCGUUGUUGAUGGCCCACCAAGAACAGCAAGCCCUACUGGAGCGUCUGGAAGAAGCGAAGCGUGCGUUUGACUGCGAACAGAACAAGUUGGAGCGAGUGCGGCGGGACGCGCAUGCGCGGGCCGAGCAGGACAGGACCUACGUCAACCAACUCAAGGACGAGAUGGCCGCGCUCAAGACACGGCUGGAGGAAGCUAAAGCUACAGCAGAAGAUGAGUGCGCUCGUUACGAGAACCGUAUCAAAGAACUACACCUUGAGAAGGAGGCCGUCAUGCGCGAGUGUACUGAGAUCCGAGCACAACUGUCUCUCGCCGAGGACAAGUACGAUAAUGCGUACGCGCAGCUACAGGAUACCAUGAGGAAGUUGAAGGAGUUGGAGAACGAAGCGGACAGUCUCCGCAAGGAGCUGACGGACGUCCGGCGCCAGCUGACCAACUGCACGGCGGAGCGCGACAAGUACAACGCGAGCUGUCGCGAGCUGCGGGAACACGUCAAGCGGGCCGAGCACGAGCGCAGGGACGCCGCGCGGGCCCGGGACGAGGCCUACCAUAAGAUCGCAGGUUUGGAAGAAAACCGUACAACUCUCGAUCUGGAAUUGUCUCGCGUUCAGACAAUGUUGAAGGAGAGCGAGACAGGAGGUGAACACGUGACCCGCGAGCUGAAGGCCACUGAGAACCAACUCAAGAGGGAACGAGCUGCCUUGGAACAGGCCAACCAUGAUAUCAAGGAGUUGCAGUCUAGACUGCAGAACGAGUGCGAGGAACGCGAGCGAUGCGCGGGCGACGCGGCGGCGGCGCGGCGGCACGGCGCGGAGCUGGAGGCGCUGCUGGCGGCCGCGCGCGCCGACCUGCAGGCCUGCAGGCAGCGCGCCGCCGACCUGGACGACGCGUGCCGCGCCAGGGACCAGGAGCUGGUACUUCGACUGGAAGACUGUCGGUCCAAGGAGCGUCGACUGGAAGAACUGAAACAUAAUCUCGAGGUGUGCCUCGCUGACGCCACGCAGCAGAUACAGGAACUUAAGGCUCGACUAGGCGGCAGUGAGGGUCGCUGCCGUGCGCUGGAGGCGUCCCUGUCGCAGUGCGAGAGCGCGCGGCGCGAGGCGGAGGCCAAGUUGUCGUCCGUCGCGCACGGACUGCGCCGCCUGUGUGGCGUCCAGCCCGACGGGUCCGUGCACGCCGCCUGCAGGAAGCGACUCGCCAGCCCCGCGCGACGGUACAGCCCGCACAGAGGUCGAGAUCACUCAGAGGAUCGCAAUGAGAUCAUAGACGUAGAUCCGGAGCUCAUCAAGAAAGGAAUGCGUAACUUGAUGCACGAUGUGUGCCAGAUUGAGAGGGAAAAGGACGACUACAAGUCCCAAGUGAGCAUGUUGAAGAAGCAGUUGAAGGACGCGAGCGAGCAACAAGGCAAGGGCGACACCAAGCUGCAGGCGGUGUCGGCCAGCCUGCGCGCGCUGCAGGAGGACAAGGCGCGCCUGCAGGCCGCGCACGGACAGAAGGAGGCGCAGAUUAACGCACUCAAUGAAUCUGUACAAAGUAAGACUCUGGAAAUUAGCAACUUGCGAGACAAGAUCACAAGUCUAGAGGCAGCAUUGUCAUCAGUUACUGAAGAGAAAGUUCAGAAUGAGAACAAAGGAGACAAUCUUAGAGUACAGUUGGCGGAACGGGUGCAGGAAGUGGGUCAACUACGUGAAGCGCUUGCAGCGGCUGAGGGUCGUGCGUCUCGUCUAGAUGUCCGCCGCGCUCAGUUAGAGGGCGACGUACAGAGAGCCGCCGUCGCAGCUAGGGACAGAGAUCAAGCUCUGAAGAAACUACAAGAACGAUGUGAAGGCUACACUCGCACUAUAGCUCAACUAGAAGACCGCUGUACCUCCCUCAAAGGCACCAUGGAACAACUGUCCACCGCACUGCAGAAGGCCGCCGCGGCCGAGGCAGAACUUCGUUCAGAACUCGGCAAAGUUACAAGGCAACUUAAUGAAGCUAAGAACAAUGAACAUAAUGCUGUUGAUAAGCUGAGACAGAUACAGAAGAGUGUGUCGAGUUGUGAGAACGAACGGCGUGUAUUGACGGAGAAACUAGAGAGUGCUAAGGCGGCGCUCGGAGAGAUGAAGAGAAUGAAUUCCUCACUGGAGGACCAGGUCCACAGACUCACUAACCAACUCGCCAAUCUUGAAGUGCAGAGGUCCGCCUUCGAGUCCCAACUACGCAUGACGACAUGGGACGGCAAAGAAAGCAACAGUGACAGUGAGUUAGAGCGAGAAUUACACCAACUACAACGCGACCGAGCUGAACUGAAGUCCAAGUGCGAAGUACUGCAGGACACUGUCCGCAAGUUGGAGGCUGAGCGACGCAUGGUCAGACCACCGCUCAGGAGCAAGAGCCAUGAUAGAACUGAGAAGAGCGUCUACUAUUCUGAUUUGGAUUCUGGUCCAGACUCCACUAAAGACUCGUCGACGCGUGGCUAUAAGGACUCGUCCAAUAUUCCUUGCAAGGAUAAGGGCUUCACUACAGACUUGAGCCUCAUUGAACUAGAGAACAGGGAGCUCAGGAUGAAGAUCCGACGCCUGGAGAAGGAACUAGCUGAUAAGGAGGCGGAGCUAACAAUGGCUCGUACAAGAUACCUGACCGACCUAUCGAGCAUGUCUCCGUCCCGUCGCAGUGACGUGGAGCACUACCGCCAGGCCGCGCUACAGGCCGAGCGACUGCUGGAGAGCAAGGAGGCUUCCUACCGACAACAGAUCAUGAGGCUGGAGACACAGGCGUCUCAGCUCCGCUCUCAGCUGACAGCGGAGAUCCGUCGUCGCCAGGCAUACAUCGCCCGCAGCGGCCGCGCCGCGCGGGACGUGCAGAGACUGCGCUCCGCACUCGGAGACUCGCUGCGGACUGUCUCACAGGACCCAGCGCUGGACUCGUACACCUUGGAACACGAAGCAAGAAAGUUGGAUAGCACGCUCACCCACAGCCUUCCUCCGCUCAACGACAGCUACGACUCGUCCAAAUAAACAACGGCUCCGCGACAAGCCGAUAUUUACCAAUAAUGAGCUGCCAACGCUCGAGCAUUGUGUAAAAAACACACAAUAGGAAUACAGAUGGUGUAAUUUAUAACCAGCCGUGUAGUUUCAAGUUUCUAUUAUAGGAAAACUGGCUGCGUUGUGUAAAAUUAGCAGAUAAGUCGAUACAAUAGAUGACAGCAACGUUAUUCCUAUACACCGAACUAAUUAUUAUCACCUGUUUUCAGAUAACGUGGUGCCUAUUUUUAAUAUCGUUCGAAUAAUCCUAAAUGUAAAUUGGGCGUAAACGACAGUACAAAUAUGGUAUGGACUAGCGACAGCUACAAAAUUUAACCUUCGACUCAAAAACAGGCCUCAUUCAUGAUCAUGAUGGACCAGAAUGUUGAAAGUGGUUACGAAAUCAUUAAUCAGUAAAAGUAUUGCUGAAUACCAUUGUACUUAUCGGUACACUCGUGACGUCAUCACUGCCUGUCAUAUCGGACGCAUGUUUACGAAUUUUGUUUGUUCGACAUGUGAGUUACAUUCGUGUUAAUUACACCACAUGUCGAUGUCAGUAGAGAGUUGAAUCUAUUUGGAAUGUUGAAUGUUUAUGUAGGUGACUCAAACGACCGAAUUUUAUAGAUUCUUCUCGGUAGGGUAUAGCACCAAGUAUUCACGAAUAAUUUAAGCGAAGUGUAUUUGUCAUUUAGCAAUGAUUUGUUUGAUAACACGUAUGAGUCAGUGUGUCUUGAACCAUGAUUCACACUGAGGUCAGUUCAAAGACCGGAAAUAUGGAGGAAGCUAUUUUUUUUUAACUUCAAUGACUCAGUAAUCGUUUAGUUUAAUGACGAGAUUAUGUGUGAUCUGUUUUUCUAGUCAAUUCGAAUAAUUAUUUUAUAGUAUUAAAAUCAUGGAAGUAAGUAUUAGGUAUUAAGUGUUUUAAAAUAUGUAACAACAAGUAGCUAUAUUUUACACAGAAUGUUAAGCAUGUUUUAAAUAACGAAGUUGGCAGUACCUAAUGAAACUAAGCCAAGAAGUGUUUGUAAUUUAUUUGUGAACUAAUUAUCCCCAUCGGAUAAUGGAUUCUAUGCUAUUCGUACCCAUUUAUUUUUGGCAUACAAUAUACCAUAUUUAAUAAUACAAACAAAUGAUUUACCUAUUUUAUUGUCAUUUACCUUUAUGUUCCUCAUAUACCCAGAUAUAAUAAAUUAAAACAAAGUUAUUUACAUCUUUAUAUCCAUUACAUCAUUGUUUUCCUUUUAUGAGCAUACGUCAUUCGUAUAAAUUAAUACACGUGUUCAAAAAAAUAUAAUUAUAAUGUGAAGAUUUCUUAGUUUGAUAUAUUAUCUAUUGUGUGAUUAUGCAAAUUUUUAUAAUAAUAAAUAUAAUUAGGUAUAACAGUCACCUGUUCUAGUCAUUAUAUUAACUAAUUAUUUAAGACUUAACGGCAACCAUUCCGUCCGACUAUGUUCUAAUUACAAUCUAUAUGUACCUAAUAAUAAACGUAUCGACACCUAGGUACCACCAUAUCACGUUUUCCGCCUCAACGACUUAUGAACGUUAAUUUAAAAUAGUCCCGUAUUUAACAAUAUUAUUUCAAUACGACAUGUAGGAAUAUUGUUGUAUCGGAAAGAAAUAAGCAAUUGUUGAGAUCCUCACUAACAAUUUCUCAAUUGAAACCUUAUUGUUGAACAAUCAAUUAUAUUUUAUUUCAAUAAACACUAAAAGUUUAUAAAAUACGUGCAAGUGUCACUUCACGCUUUAUCGCAGAAGAGGCGAGGCAGUUUAGCUAUCACUAUUUUUAUUAACUAAAUAUGAAUAAAUGAUGCGGAUAUCGCUUAUCAAAGUAAUUUUACGAGUAUGUAUCAAAAAAGCAAAUUGUUCUGAUAAGUGUAUAUGCACGUAUUGGGUUAUUAUUAUGUUACUAUAAAGAGCAGCAACAAUGCUCCCCGUUAACAUUUGACCCUACUGCAACUAGAUAAGCGCUGCAGACAGGCUCGGGGCGCCUUGAUAAAAAUGGUUCAACACCAUUUCAUUACACUAUCUAUUUCGCCGGGUAUCGGCGUCACUGUACACUACCUUAUUGUAUGUAGAUACACCCCCUCACGCUUUUUACUUCAAAUUACCGACCUACUGUAUUUAACAUUAAGAUAUUAUUUUGUACGUUACACGCGCCCCCAUAGUGAGCUCGAUCUAUGUAUGAGACCUUGUUACACAUCAUGGGGUGUGUCAAUAGAAACUAAUGCAAUUGUAAUUCAAUACUUGUUUUGCAUUAUAGAUUAGAUUGCUUAGUUAUCGAGUUCAUAAAUAGGUAUUAAGUUAGACGUAUUGAGUUCAUUUCCACUGGACUGUGUCAAUUCUUAUGUUACUAGAAUAUCGACAUACGACCGCCACGUCACACUGCCAUACAUAAUUUUGUCAUGUUUGUAUCUACUGUUUAGUUAGUCCCUUUAGAAUUAAGUACAGACACGUCUAUGUAACUUUUUUACACUCAUCAAGUUAAUAAAAUAGUUGUAGAUGGUA